GCGGAUUGCCAACGAAUGAAUGACUGUGCCAUCGUUCUGCCAAAUGAAGAGGACAAGUGGUUAAGUUUCACCAACUACAACAGGAAGGAGAGAAUACCGUUCGUCGUGUACGCCGAUCUGGAAUGUAUCCUGCAGAAGACGGAGGAGGACAACCCGAAGCUGUACCAUCGUCACCAGGUAUUCAGCAUCGGGUAUUACGUGCGAUGUAAUUAUGAUGCGUCAUUAUCCGGAUACCGAUCCUGUCGCGAUACCGACUGCAUAGCGUGGUUCGUCGAGCAAUUAAAAGAUUUAGCGCAUCGCGUGAAAGCAAUUUUGUCUAGAAAUGUCCCCAUGAAAAAUCUAACGCGAGACGAGUGUGAAAAGUAUAAUAGUGCAACGCAUUGCCAUAUCUGCGAGAAACCGUUCGCGUCAGACGACACGCGAGUAUGCGAUCAUUGUCAUCUCACCGGUCGGUACAGAGGUCCGGCACAUUCUAAUCGUAACUUAAAUUACAAAGAUUCCUAUACCAUUCCGAUAGUGUUUCAUAAUUUAUCCGGCUACGACUCACAUUUUAUCAUUAAAGAAAUAGCUACCGCGUUCGAGGGCGCUAUCGAUGUAUUACCGAUAAACAAAGAAAAAUAUAUUUCCUUUACAAAACAUGUUAAUGAGUCAGAUGACAAAAAAUGGCGUAACCACGUGCAAUUUCGGUUCAUCGAUUCAUAUAAAUUCCUGAGCAGUAGCCUGGAUAAGUUAUCGUCAUAUUUAAAUAAGGAUAAACUCAGAAUUGUACGAUCCGAAUUUGCGCACCUCUCUACCAACGACUUUGAUUUACUUACGCGAAAGGGUGUGUUCCCGUACGAGUACGUGGAUUGCACCGAAAAGUUGGAGGAUACUCGUCUACCACCGCGCGAAUCGUUUUAUAGUUCACUAACCGGUAAUACGGUAUCCGAGAGCGAACGCGCACGCUGUCAACGUGUGGCAACGGUUCACCAUUCGAACGCUCAGCGAGUACAGCGAUUUAUACUUAAAACCGGAUGUCUUGUUGUUGGCCGACGUAUUCGAGAAUUUUCGCGAUAGUUGCAUCAACAGUUACGGUCUUGAUCCUGCGUAUUAUUACACUUUGCCACACGUCUAUACGCGUUCGUCACCAACAACAUGCUCCUGUACUUUUCCAAAUCGUCAACCGUGUACGCAAUCACAGCGCGCGAGGUCAGGUAAAGAGUAACAGGGGACACAAGUACAAAUACAUAAUCACACCGUUACUACCAACUGAUCCUAAGACGAAAUCCGGAAGAAGAUUACCCCGCGCUAUGACACUGAACGACAAUGCGAUCGAUUACGUGCACUGGGACGAUCCCAACGAGCUGGUAGAGCGUCUACGAUUGCUCAACGCUUCGCGUCAAGCCGGAAACAACUCUCACGACAACGAGAUGCUGUCGAUCAUCGAGGAACUUCGAGAAGCUGGUCUCAUAAUAAAUUGACUCGUGUAUCGUCAGGAUGACUCAAUCCGUCGACGUCACUCACAUCGAACGUGUAUCAAACGUGUAUAAACGGCUCAACAACGGCUAACGAACGUGUUUGAACGUAUAUCGAACGUGUAUAAACGGCUCAACAACGGCUAACGAACGAGUCAAGAACAUGGAACAAACGAGAACGCAAGUUUUAAGAACGUGGAACGAACUUCGCGAAGCUGAUAUCAUUAUAAAUUGAACGUACCAUUGAGCACGUGAGUCAAUCGAGCGGUGUUACUUGUAACGCGAAGAUGACGAUCAACGAGUCUGAAACGUUAUUGCAGACGAGUGAUAACAUUGCUACGAAAUCUAAUAUGGAGAAGAGCAUCGAUACUUUAGGAGUUAAACAUGAAGAGCUCGAGAAGGAAAUCAUCGAUAUGCAGAAAAAAAUCGCCAUGUUAGAUUUCUACCGAGACAGUCUUGACCGGAAAAUAGACAGAAGAGUCGCUGAAUUAAAUGAAAAAAUAGAUAAGAUGGAUAAAAGAUUCCCUACCGUUUACAGUACGCUUAUAAGUCAUGUGUCAAACAGAAUCAACAAUGAAACUCGUACAAACAGACCUUGGAUAUAUCGAGGAUGCACAUACCCACGUAGAUCGGUUUGUUGAACUUCACCUCGAGCUUACGCAUUUCGAUCGCGACCAGGUUUUCCGAAAAGACGCUGCGGCUAUGGAAAUUCGGUUUCGCGAUCAUUGCCUCCGCGCCGUACCUUCCGUUCCAUUUCGCUAACAGUUUUACAUCCACGUGAUUGCGCACGUUCUCCAUGGUUUUUCCGAAUACCGCGUUAUUCAUCAGUUUAUAUAAAUUUUUCUCGAAAUCAUUUUUAGCUGCUGCCCUAAAUCGCGUGUUCAGUUCGAUGUACUCGCGGAGCCAUGGAGAUUGUGCAAAUUCUAAGACGCGAUGAAUUUUUGUGACGCGAAGACCGUGACGCGUACACUGUUGUAGAUUGCGGUAAUGAAUGACGUAUCGCUUCUUAUCGCAUAAAGUUGCGAGCAACUUAUCCUGCCGUUUGCCUGGCGGCUUAUCGCGCGUCGGACAGAACGGUAGGUCAGCGUGCGCGUCAUGGAGAUGUCGCGGAUACUCGAGAUCGACUUCGAGUACGUAUCCUUUUGGCAAAUCGGGAGUGACAGCGAUCACGUUGAAAUUGGAAGUGUCAUCGACCCAUCGAAAGUUCGCAUAGGGCAGUGGCUGACACAUUGCCCAUCCGUAUAAAUUAUUAACAUUGUAGGCAUUCGACGUUGCGUUGCUCGAAUUUGAAAUUCUAUUUAUCACGUUUGUGUCUAUCGAUCACCUGUUUGCCGUCUUCUGUUGACAUCUAACAAGGCCACAGAGGAAAGUAUAAAUUCGCUUGCUUGCGGAGACAUACAGACAUUCGACGUUUAGUAAUUUGGUAACAUCGGCGAAGAGCAACCGUAACGAGAAGCCCGGAAAGUGAUAAUAAAGCGAGUGACCGUUCUGACUCCAAUCCUCGACACUGUAUUCUUCAUAAUAAAGAACAACGAUUAUAAACCAA